CGCAGCUGGCCUCGUUCUGGCUGCCGCCGCUGCCUCUUUGAGGCGGAGUAGGAUGAGGCCCGCGGCCGCGGCGUCGGCAGGGGCAGCAGCAGCUGAGGCAGCAGCUGAGGCAGCCGCGACGGUCGCGCCCCCACCUCCUGACCUGGAUUAGGCCCAGCAGCUCCGUGGCCGCCGCCGCCCCGCGGGGGGGCGGGGUGGGGAAGUGUCUCGUCUCCCCGCCCGCCCCCCCCUCCCACGUCGCUGCCUCGCAGGAGGCUUACUGCCGCGACCCCAAAGGAGCCCGCGGCCCAGCCUUGAGCCCCCACCCCCGGGGGUUGGCAUGAGCGGCCCUUCGGCGGCGCCGGGGGGCGGGGGAGCCGUCGCCGCCUGAACCCCGGCCUGCCGACCGACCCCACCUCGCUGACCGAGGCUGACCGCGGAGCGUACGAACGACCCCGCCACUGCUUUCUCCCUUCCCCAGAUCACACACCCCAGCCCCAGAAGAUGGGGAACUGCCUCAAAUCCCCCACUUCGGAUGACAUCUCCCUGCUUCACGAGUCUCAGUCCGACCGGGCUAGUUUUGGCGAGGGGACGGAGCCGGAUCAGGAGCCGCCGCCGCCAUAUCAGGAACAAGUUCCAGUUCCCGUCUAUCAUCCAACACCUAGCCAGACUCGCCUAGCAACUCAGCUGACUGAAGAGGAACAAAUUAGGAUAGCUCAAAGAAUAGGCCUUAUACAGCAUCUGCCUAAAGGAGUUUAUGACCCUGGAAGAGAUGGAUCAGAAAAAAAGAUCCGGGAGUGUGUGAUCUGUAUGAUGGACUUUGUUUAUGGGGACCCAAUUCGAUUUCUGCCGUGCAUGCACAUCUAUCACCUGGACUGUAUAGAUGACUGGUUGAUGAGAUCCUUCACGUGCCCCUCCUGCAUGGAGCCAGUUGAUGCAGCACUGCUUUCGUCCUACGAGACUAAUUGAGCCAGGGUCUCUCAUCUGACUUCAAGUGAACCAUCAUUUUUGGUGGUUUUGAUCUUUUGUCACUGAGCCCAAAGAGCCAGGGAUUAGGAAUUAAGAUCAUGCACAAAAGUUUCCUAAAAAUUCCUGAAUGGCUGCAGAUGUUGGGGAAAAGUAGGUGAUAUUUUAGAAACUUACGGGGAAAAAGUAGGAUGGUAUUUUUAUGUAAAGCCUUGACCCAGUGUUUAAAAAUAUAAUUGUAUUUAGAUCUUGUUAUUGCUCCAGUACAUAGGAAUUGUGUAAAGUGUUACAGCAGCUGUAUAUGUUUAAAUUGUGUGUGUUGAAGAUUAGGAAAAAGAUAGUGAUUGUUUUUCCUAAAAGAAAUAACUUUCUUCUUCCCCUCACUCAAAUUCUUUUCUGAAGUUGCUGGCAUUUGGGUCAAGGUUUUAUUAAAAGCUACAUUUUAUAACACUGGCACAAAAAAAAGUAGUUUUAAGCUUGUUUGCACAGUUCUUUUUUUCCAUUGGAAAUGGAAUUCAUUGCCUUAGGUCUUUUUAAAUAGUGUAUUAUUAUCGUUGGGGCUGGCUCUAUGCUUGAAAACCAGUUUAUUUAUAACCUGUUAUAAGUGCUAUAUCUGUUUGCAGUUAGGAAAUGCAGAAUUCAAAGUGAUCUCCUAGCUCGUAAGCAAACUGAGAUGCACUAUCCCUUUUCUAUUAAAAAAUGAGUUAAUGUGUCGAGAAACCAAUUCUAGUAAAGUGGGGUUUAAUAUUACCCUUCCCCAUGUGUUUUAUCUAACUAUUUUGGUUGUUAAUAUGGUGAUAAUUAAAAGUCAAGGUAAAUUUUAAAUAAUUAAGAUUUCUGAUUUAUUGAGCUUGAAUUAUGCCACGAUACUUAUGUAAAAAUGAAAGUGGCACCAUGGUGAAACUGAGAAAAGUUUCUCAGUUGUAAUAAUUUUGAUUUACUUUUUCCUGUGACCUCCUCCCCUGUUGUCUUGAACCAUAGCAAAAGGAUACUGCAUCUCUUAUUAUUGUAGUGCUGAGGUUAUUGAAGUUAUAUAAAACACAUCUCAGUUUCUGUUUCUUGGAAAGGAAGGUCUUGCUAGCUGACUGAUAAGUCUAAUAAGCGGGGAGAAUUAAGAUAAUUAUAUUUCAUGUUUUGCACACAAAUCCAGAAUUUGUAUAACCACAUGACUUCAUAGUUGUGAUCUCAAACAAGAAGGAAUUUCUCCUUUAUCUUUUUCUUGCAGUUAAUGUAAGAACACUGAAUCUCUAAGCUUCUGAAGUGUUAGAGGUAGAGAUGGUCUAGUAAAGAUGUAGUUGUAAUGUUUUAUCCAUUUAGCAUGUGUUUAUUUUUCCUUAUGUACUCAAAGGUGAUUUAUUUGUUCAGCUCAAUGAUAUUGCAGCUAAAAAAUCAUUUAUUAGCAAAAGGAGAACCAAUUUCAACCUAACAAAUCAGAAAUGGUUCUUAUUUUAUAUUGAGUUGAAUAUUUGACUCUAACACUUUUCUACAUACGAAACACAAGUAUCUUGAAGGUUCUUCAUAAUUGCAUUAUAGAGGAAUUUAAUAUGUCAUAAGUGUUUCUUAAAGCUUCGACAUUUGACUGUAGUAUCCAUAUGUUGGUUAAUUUUACUAUGAGCCCCAUGAUGGAAAGACUUAAAGACGAAUUUGAGGGAAAAAUGAAAGAAAUUAGAUUAUCAGGUUCUGUUAAAUUGUUACAUGUAUCUUGCUUAAGUUUUUGUUCAUUAAUUUAUAUCCACCCAAUUACAUAAAGCAAAUUUGGAGGAAACACCUGAAGUUGUGCAAUAUUUUCAGUGAUAUUACUUUUUUUAUCCUUGUGUUUUCUAUUUAAACAUGAUGUCUGUGUGUCAUCAAGUAUUCUAGUCAGAUUUUCUUUUUUUCUAGAUUGUUAAAUUUGGUAAAUGAACUUUUUUUAAAAAAAUCAUUUUCUAUGUUGCUGUUAGUCUUUCCUUUUUACAAGUCUUUUUUCACAGAAGUUUGGCAGUAAUAUUGAAGGGAAUCAGUAUUGAGCUGAAUGCUUUUUUUUUUAGAUACUUUGUAUUCUUUAAUUUUGAUUUUCACAUACCAUGUUAAGAACCAUCAAUUUUGGCUUUUACUAAAUUAAAUAAAGUUAUAAUACAGUUGUAAAGGGCUAAAGUUAGAGUUGAUUACAUAACAAUAUUUCCCAAGUUAUCUUUCUUUAAAAUAGACAUGUAUAGAUUUAAUUAAUUACUUUUAAAUCUCUAGAUGUAUAUAUACUUUUGGGGAAGUAUUUUUUAUGGCUUGGCAUUGAAUACAGUCUAAUCAUAAAUUUAGAUGCUUAAUAGCUUUAAAUUUUCUUAAACCAAAAAAUAAGCUCAGCAUAUUUAGAUUUGAGCAAGAUGUGUUCAUGCUUGGCUAUAGGAUUUAAACUGUCUGAAAAGCCUGACCAGGAAAAAAUAAAAGAAUCUUAUUCUUUUAAACAUAAACCCAACAAGUUGAAAUAUUUUCAGAUACUUCUAGUCUGGUUCACACAAACCUUUUCAAUUCUAGAAGUGUUUUUUAUUGAGAAUCUCUUAAGCCAGGUAUUAUAAGACUCUCCUCUUACAUUCAGUGUCUACCAUGUGAUCUAAAACAGUAUGAUUUUACAGAAUAUACUGAGCACUGAUGUUACAAAUUCUUUGUACAAACUCCUUCAUAAGGAAAUGUGCAUUUUAAAAAAGGAAAAACAAUAAAAUAGUCAAGAAUA